CAGUGCGCAGGCGCGAGCGCGACGGCCGGCGUGGUCCCCAUGGAGCUGCUGUAGCGGGGCUGGAGCGUCCGCGAGCGUCCGGGAUGAGCGCGGCGGAGGCCGACCGCUGGGCGUGGCUGCUGGUGCUCAGCUUCGUGUUUGGGUGCAAUGUCCUCCGGAUCCUCCUCCCGUCCCUGUCCUCCUUCAUGUCCAGGGUGCUGCAGAAGGAUGCAGAGCAGGAGUCACAGAUGAGAGCCGAGAUCCAGGACAUGAAGCAAGAGCUGUCUACCGUCAACAUGAUGGACGAAUUCGCCAGAUACGCCAGGCUGGAAAGAAAGAUCAACAAGAUGACAGACAAGCUCAAGACGCACGUGAAAGCCCGGACAGCUCAGUUGGCCAAGAUCAAAUGGGUGAUAAGUGUCACUUUCUACGUGUUGCAAGCUGCCCUGAUGGUGUCGCUCAUCUGGAGGUACUACGCCGUCCCCGUGGCCGUGGUGCCGAGCAAGUGGAUGACGCCACUGGACCGUCUGGUGGCAUUUCCCACCAGGGUGGCAGGUGGUGUUGGGAUUACCUGUUGGAUUUUGGUCUGUAACAAAGUCGUGGCUAUUGUGCUCCACCCUUUCAGCUGAGGAGGAAGAGGAAGGCAGCCCGACACUUUAAAGAUGGUUUUUGCUUGGUCAAAGCCUCAUUUACACUGCUGCUUUCCUCUUUAAGAAACAGAAGGUACAGGUUCGGUUUUUGUUCGUGUUUUCCUAGGACUUGAACUGAGCUUCUUACAAGAAACACGAUUGUGGACACUUGUCACUGAGCCGCAAAGGCCCCUGCCGCGCUCGCCAGCCCGGCGCCGGGGGAGCCCAGGGUGUCGCCUGGAGUCACCCAGGGGCACCUGAGAUUUGCACGGUUGGCGUAACUUAAAGGUCGCAUGGCCAAGGGGAAAGUCAGAAUUUUCUAGUAAUUUAUUUAAAAAAACCUUUGUUAUUUGUAAUCCAUAUUAGGAGGGAACUUAAUAUCACUACUGGAAUCUGCAAAUUCCUUUUCUGCUCCCACACCGCGUACCAAAGGGCUGACACUAACGGACGCAGCUGCGCUCUGUCCUCACUGAGCCCGUGGGCAGCGCGGUGUGGCGCUGUCUCCUCGCCUGUGGCUGUUGAUUUUUCAUCACUGUGAUUUGUGACUGUAUUCAUGAGCCCAGACUGCAUUGUGUUGUGCUUGAAUUGUAUGUUCAGUAUUGAAGCAUUUCAUGUGACGUGCAUUUUAUAAACACUUGAUAGUCACGCUCUAAAGAACACAGGUACAGACGCCCCAGGAAGCCUGACCAAGUUAACUAAGUGGAUGUGUUCGCUGCGAAGGUGUAAUUCUGCUGUUUCUCAGAACACUAUCUUCCCCCUAAUUAAAAUCUCUGCAAGCUC